CAAGCGAAUACAUUUCGGCAGCGAGGCCGGGACAAGGGACAGUCCGGAUGGGGAAGCUUUCCUCCGUGUCUGUUUCUGCAUUUCUCCUUCUCACUCUGGCGUUGCUGACCCUGAAAGCCCCCGGUCGCUCCCGCUGGCGAAAGGGUGCUGCGCUUUCUGACGAGCAGGAGUCGCUUCGUCCCUCCCGCCAGCGGGAGCUGGCGAACGCACUCCGAGGCAGGGUGGAUGAAAUCAUUCGUUAUCAAGAUGUUCACUGGGAAUCUCUCCCCGAACCCUCCUCCCACUUUCAGGAAUCCUCGCUGGGAAGAGCUGAGGCUGGCUUCAAUAAGAAAACGCGGAGAGCUGUUGGGAAUCUCUCCAAAGGGACUGUGGGCUGCAAUGACUUCAGGAAUAUCACGGGAAUUGAAUUCCUGGGCUCUGGUUAUACUAAGAGCGUGGUGAAAGGGACGCUGCAGGACGGCACUGCCGUCGCCCUGAAAACGGUGAACAGUCAGGGUGAUGAAGUGAAGCGCUGUCUCCGGCGGUAUGGACAGCAAACAGGCUGCUUCAGACUGGCAGCUUAUAAAAUCAUCAAGGAAAUGAUUCUUCUCCAGAAGCUCCAACAUCCGAAUAUCAUCCAGUUAUACGGUCAAUGCUACUCCGGCAGUUUGCAAGAUGGACCUGUAAUAACCGCGGUGGUGGAACAGGGAGCUCCAGUGGAAAUGAUUCAACUCUUGCAAACUCCUUGGGAGGAGAGAUUUAGGAUUUGCCUGAGCCUAAUGAAGCUACUCCAUUACUUAGCUCACUCGCCACUUGGAUCGGUGCUUCUGUUAGAUUUCCAACCGCGUCAAUUUGUCCUUGUGGACGGAGAGCUUAAAGUGACGGAUUUGGACGACGUCAGCACGGAAGAACUUCCCUGUACAACAGACAGCGACUGUGUCAUUGAAUUUCCCACCAGGAGUUUCAGUCUGCGAUGUGCAGCAGAUGGGAAAUGCCAUAAAAUAAAUGAAAAGAGAAAUCUUUACAACGCGUUCAGAUUUUUUUUAACAUACUUGCUGCCUUAUGGUGCACCCUCUACCUUAAGACCUCUCCUGUGGAAAAUUAUGAAUGCAACAGGUGACCUACAAUAUGGGAUUAAUGAAACACUCGAAGCUUUUGAAGAAGUAUUGUAUCUUUACAAAUCUGGAUUGCCCCGCAUUAAUCAUUCUCAGUCCUGGCUAGAAGAUUAUAAGAUAUAUGAAGGAUUUCGCAUUCAUGAUAAUUUGGACUACAAAUGUUGGCCAUCUUACAACCACCAGGGUUGUUUGCUGUCUGUCCACAAUACAGAGGAGGCUGCUGCAAUCUGCCACUCUCAACAACAGUGCCAAAGUUUCACUUUUACCCAGCAGAAAACAUGGCUUGGGCGAUACUUGGUUUCAUUCAGAAGCAGCACCAAGCUAGUAUUGGAUAGUAAUUCAACUGUCUACAUGAAGUCAAGAAGCUUAAGGGCAACAAUGUGAAGAAUCAAGAUCAUAGAAGUAGUUUAUCUUGAAAGAAAUCCGAAACUAAUUAUAGUUUCAGGAAUUAAAUGCAAUUCAUAAACUGCUGGUUGAUCAAUAUGCCAAGUUUUCCAAGACUUUUAGACCAGAUGCUGAAUGCGAGAACAUUGAUAUAGUUCACUUUAAAGAUAGGAGGAUGUGCUAUGAUCACCAAUCUGAGGAUGAUUUCCAAAAUAUUAAAUUAUGAUAUGAGUCUUAAGGAAAAUGUUUCUUAAUUAGUAUAGGUGAUAGAAUUUAGCCAAUAGUAUUGCAAUAAUAUAUAUGACAAAGUUAAGUAUGAAUUUGUUUCAAACAGGCUAACAUUCCUGCUUUAACCAUUUUCAAGAAGGGCUAGUUGACUCACUUGCAUUUGUAAUAUAAAUUAUUUCAGAGUUCGAACUUUGAGACAGCAUUAAAUUAGAUACUUGCUUAAUAGACCAGCUAUGCUUUGGGAAUCAGCACUGCAUCCUGCAACGCUCCUUUCCUGUGCUGACAUAUUAGUUUAAGCUGGGCUAGUCGAGGUUCUACAAUUGAUCUCAAUACAGUAUUUCCAUCUGGAGAACAGUCUUGGCCAGAGUCUUCAAACUUGGAUGACAUUCGGGGAGCAGUAUAAAUAAAGGUAACAGAUUGGACUUACCUGUGAUGGGUUGGCCCAUGCUCACACAUAAAGAACAGCUAUGUGGAUUCAGAAAGGCAUAACAACAUGUGACAGAUUGGGAACAUGCACAGUUCUGAAAUUUGGAAGAGACAGGGAAAAGUGGUCAUAAUCGCCAACAAGACAAAUUGAAGGGAGAAGAAAUGUGUUUCUCCUACAAGCAUUCAAAUUCACAAAGCUUCUGAAGGAAAACUGAAAGUGAAAAAAACUUGAGCUAUGCUGGAGAUUUUUGAGAAUGCUAUUGAAUAAUGGCCUUAAAGGUCACAGUUGUAUUUUCUAUGAAAAAGUGUAAUAUGUUCAAAAGUUUCAUUUCAAACUUGUAUUUUAUGCCUUUCUGACUUCUGCAGAAAAUAAAACUAACCUGACAGAAACAAGUAUAAAGGGGUAUUUUUCCUUUAACAAAUAGUAUCAUGAAAACUCAGUUUGUCAGAGAAUUAUAGUAAUAAUAUUACAAAUUGAGAAAAAUGUAACUUUUUGAUUUACUCUUGGUAAGGUUAUUUGCCUUCAUUAAAACUGUA